AUGGAACCGCAAGAACCAGUUGUUGAUACGCGUAUGGAUUUUCUCGGAUCUUACAUUAAAAAGACUUUGAAAUUAAAACGAAAAUGGACGCGGAUGAUGGCAACCGAGGAACACAAAUCUUUAGUGAUGAAAUUCCUCGAACGUCCAUAUCCGCUGAUUUUGGUCAUAAUUUUAACACCCAGUGCACAGUUGAUUGCAUCAAAUGGUUUUCCAUUGUCCCAGUUGAAGAAUAAAGGCGUGUACUUCAUCAAGAGAACCCUCACGUCGGUAGACAAAACUCAUCCGGGCGAAACAGUGAUCCCCGGCGAUCUCGCGACAAAGAUCAUCGAUCAGUUAGCUUCGUUAGUCGACGAAAUUCUAGGCCCGCUGCUAACGAAUUCAGGCAAUCACGACUCGUGGCCGGACGUGAUUGGUCGCGAUGUACAAAAGCACGUGCAUAGCCUAAAGAGCACCGUGUAUCAGGUAAAAGGUCAAGUUAACGGACAAACAGUUCUUCCUCUUCCAGUAGGUAUUGACCGAGUACAAGAAGCUGAGAAAGAAAUCGUUGAAAGUAAAGGAGAAAUUUGUGAUCUCUUCUUAAAAAGUUCAAUUGAAUCAGUGGUUAUAAAAUGGGCCAUGCAGGUCAAAGAUGUCCUCUGUAAUAACUCCUCUGAAUUAGGUCAGAACGGUGCUAUUGCUGUUCCAUCAGUAGAAAUGCAGUUUUGGGGUUUAAGACUUAAAAACCUUCAAAAUAUAUAUGAUCAACUUAGAGAACCAAAAGUAAAGAGUAUGGCGGUAAUCUUAGAAGAAAGCAAAAGUGCAUAUUUUGUGUGCUUCAGUACACUUUUCAAAGAAGUAGUUCUUGCCUUAGCUGAAGCUAAAGAUAUUGACCUCUAUUUGGGAGCUUUACGCAAACACACUGAUGGCGUACAAGAAACUGAGUUUAGCGAAGUAACUCCACUACUAAAACCAAUGUUGCACGUGGUCUGCUUAAUUUGGGCCAACUCCAAACACUAUGACCAAGCGAAACUCGUCGUGCUACUCAAGCAAAUAUGCAAUCUGCUCAUCCAAGAGGCGAAGAAAUUCCUCGACCCUGCUACGCUCUUCCAUAGCGACAUUGAUGAAGCCAUGCAACGUGUAGCAACCUCAAUUUCUGUCCUGAGGGAGUUUUUCGAUCUCUAUACGAAAUACAGUAAAUCACUAGCGUAUUUCUUUAAAGAAGCAACUAUCAAACAAUGGACUUUUCCAAAAAGUGCAGUUUUCAGUCGGUUUGAUGCGUUUUUAGAACGAUUGGUUACAAUACAAUGGUUUUUUAAUACAAUUCUUGAGUUUACUAAAUUAGAAAAAGUCGAAAUUGGUGGUUUGAAAGGCCGGAAAUUGAGCGCUAGGGUAACAGCUGUCUACGCUGAAUUCCAAGCUUGCUACUCGCAAUUUUCUACAAAAUCCUAUGAUGUCCUAGACCCGGAUGACAGGUCAUUCCAAAUAGACUUUGCGCAGUUCCAGCAGAAGAUCAGCGAUAUGGAUUUGAAAUUAGCAUCCAUUUUUUGCCAGGCUUUCGAAAAUUGCCAUAAUCUCGAUAGUAUAUACAAGUUAAUUUACAUAGUGGGAAGUUUGUUAGAGCGUCCAAUAAUCAAGAAUGAAUUCACGGUGAAAUACAUUAUAAUCCUGGAUAUGUUGGAAGCGGAAAUAACGGACGUAGAGCGUUUGUUUAAAGAGCAAUUGCGGCACAAAGAGAAGCACGGUAAAUUCCUCGUUGAUAAUUACAUGCCGCCGGUGGCGGGUGCACUGCGUUGGUCCUUCAAUCUCCGCCGACGUAUUACUGCCCCGAUGACACACUUCCAAGCGCUGCAACAUUCGAUUACGACUAGUGAGCGCGCCGGUAAACUCACGCGCCGCUUCGAGGAAUUAAACGUACGCUUCGCUGCUUUCGAUCGGAAGCUCUUCGACGAUUGGAGCGCUGACUUAUCGAACGUCAUCGACGCUAAUCUCGCCCGUUGCAUUCUGAAAAAAUGGGCGGGUGGCAAGGAGUACGCGCUCAACUUUAAUCCGGAACUUUCAGCCAUUCUGCGUGAAGUUCAUUAUCUCAACCUGAUGAACGACGAGCAAGAUAACAUGUGGAAUAUUCCGAGUGUAGCGCUGGGUAUCGCCGAAAAGGAUGCAGUGUUCCGACGUUACGUCACCUGCCUCAAUGAGACCACCACUUGGUAUAACAAAAUCCGACGGACUAGCAAAGACGUCGAGUUUAGACUGAUCGAAGACCAGCUGGCGAAGAUCGAUCGGCUCAUCGAAAAAGGCAUAGUGGAGCUUAACUGGAACUCCGGGGGACUUUGGGACUUCAUGAGUGAGCUGCACGCGUUAGUUGAUACACUCCAACGUAACUUGAAGCAAAGUCAAGAGAACCUCACUGAAAUCAGGAAUAUACUCAUGCCGUACGGGCGGUUACCACUAUUCGAACGCAAAGAUGGUAAAAAAGAUACAGUGCUAUGUUUUGAAGACCGCAAAGAAACUGGAAAAAGAUGUGAAGAAAUUAAAAAAGCAACAGAUAGGAUCGUAGAGAUUGUCAACGAGAAUAAACAGCUGUUUAACAAAGACCAGGAUGAAGGAGAGUGUCGAGCAUGGUCAAACUACAUAGACUACAUCGAUCAGAUCCAACUACAUUAUCUCUAUCAAAGUGUAGGAUGUAGUUUUGGUUAUAUCAAUGAACAUAUGGACGCUAUUAAUAACCUAGCACCUAUUUUCGAAGCCCAGUUGAGACUUGAAGAACCCAAUAUUGUUUUUAUCCCUUCUUUGAUAUCCUCUACUGAAGAAGAUAGUUUUAAACAUCAGAUAUCAUUACUCUUAGAAGAUAUUUUGAAGUUUACAGCUGUCCCACAAAGAUUACAACCUAAUAAGGGAAUAACCUAUGAAGAAGAGAUAUCUACCCAUCCGGAUAUUCUAGAAAUCAAGAAGGAUAUUCUCCUAAAUGUUGAUAAUGUUAUCCAGGAAGCUUUUUCUUUUGCUGAUAGCUUUCAAACAUACAGCUACAUAUGGUUGGAUGAUCGUAAAGAAUACAUGAAGCAAUUUUUAACAUUUGGACGUCAGAUAACUCCACAAGAAGUGGAGUGGGUUAUGAAUAAUGACCCAUCUGCACCUGAACCCAACACUCCCAAAAUGGACAACUUUAAAGACCAGAUUGAUAACUUUGAAGGUCUUUAUACUCAAAUAGAAGAAAUCAAAACCGAAAAGGUCUUCAAUUCAUGGUUCAAAGUUGAUGUCCACCCAUUUAAACAAGCUUUGACUAACACCAUAGGAAAAUGGCGUGAAAUGUUUAUCAAACACUUAGAAGAUACUGUUACCAAUAGUCUGCAAGGUUUAGGCAAGUUUAUAAGAGAAGCAGAUGAAGGUCUUCAACAAGAUGUAGUUGAAGGAGACUAUGAAGCACUGGUAAAUGUCAUGGGAUACCUUCUCAAGGUCAAAGAAAGACAAGCGACUACAGAUGAAAUGUUUGGACCUCUACAUGAAACUAUAGAAUUGUUAAAAUACUACGAUCAAGAUAUUGCAGAAGAAGUAAAUGUUUGGUUAGCAGAGUUACCAGAACAAUGGGCUAAUACAAAGAAGAUAGCCAUCACAGUGAAACAACAAGUAGCUCCACUACAAGCUGCGGAAGUUACUUGCAUUCGACAGAAUAUUAUUGAUUUCGAUGAUAGAAUCGCCUUCUAUAGAGAAGUUUUCAAGCGUUACAACUUCUUCAAAUACCAAGCAACUGAACCGAAUAUUCUAAUCGACAAAGUCAAUAGAGACAUUCAAAGAUUUGAAGAUCAAAUGAAGGAAAUACAAGAAUCUGGAAGUCUCUUCGAGGUUACAGUACCAGAAUUCAAACUUUUAAGACAAUGUCGGCGAGAAUUACGAAUGUUGAAACAACUUUGGGAUUACGUCUUCGUUGUGCAUACAUGUGUCGACGAUUGGAAGACAACUCCAUGGCGUAAAAUCGACGUGGAAAACAUGGAUAUUGAGUGUAAAAAGUUUGCGAAAGAGAUUCGAAUGUUAGAUAAAGAAAUGCGAGGUUGGGAUACAUACACAGGGUUAGAUGCGACUGUCAAAAAUACGCUGACGUCGUUAAAAGCGGUCGGCGAGUUGCAGAAUCCUGCGAUUCGUGAAAGACAUUGGGAGCAACUCAUGAAUUCCACAAAGAAUUUAGCGGCAUUGCCACCUGAACUAACAACGAAAAUUGUCAUGGACCACAGCACAACCCUCGCAGAGCUUCUGGAGUUGAAUUUACACGAAUGCGAAGAGGAAGUCAAAAAUAUCGUUGAUAAAGCUGUCAAAGAAAUGUCCAUGGAGAAGGUCCUCAGAGAACUGAACUCUACAUGGUCCGUAAUGGAGUUUGAACAAGAGGUACACACCCGUACAGGAUGUAAACUCUUAAGAGCCAGUGAGAAGUUGAUCGAGACCUUAGAGGAUAACCAAGUGCAGUUGCAAAAUUUGAUUACUUCGAAAUUCAUCGCCCAUUUUCUCGAAGCUGUUGCCGCUUGGCAGAACAAGUUGAGCACGGCUGACGCGGUUAUCACUAUAUGGUUUGAGGUCCAAAGAACUUGGACCCAUCUGGAGUCGAUUUUCAUGAGUUCUGAAGAUAUUCGCAAACAGUUACCUGAAGACUCGCAGCGUUUCGAUGAAAUUGAUACGGAUUUCAAAGUUUUGAUGGAGGAGAUGGCAAAAGUUCCCAAUGUGGUAGAGUCUACGAAUAGGGAAGGUCUUCUUGGAAACUUGGAUAGUUUACAGAAGAAACUAAUUCUUUGUGAGAAGGCUUUAGCUGUUUAUUUGGAAACUAAAAGAUUGGCAUUCCCAAGGUUUUAUUUUGUUUCAUCGGCGGAUUUAUUGGAUAUUUUAUCAAAUGGAAACCAACCAAAUUUGGUCGCUAAACAUUUGACCAAAUUAUUUGAUUCCAUUGCAAGACUACACUUUGUUGAAGGUAAUACAAUCGAACAGAUUGAAGGUAUGUACGCCAAAGAUGGAGAAUACGUUGUUUUUGGUAAAAAAUGUGACGCAACCGGACCAGUGGAAGUCUGGUUGAACAAACUCCAGAAUUCUAUGAGAACCACAAUUAGGACUUCAAUUGGAGAUGGAGUACUCUCCUAUGAAGAAAAACCACGUGACCAAUGGUUGUUUGACUUCCCCGCACAGGUUUCCCUAUGCGGAACCCAAAUUUGGUGGAAUACUGAAGUAGCAAUGGCGUUUUCUCGCCUUGAAGAGGGUUACGACAACGCUCUCAGAGACUACUUCAAAAAACAAGUUUCUCAAUUAAGUACACUGAUCUCUUUACUACUGGGAGAUCUCACAAAACAAGAUCGACAAAAAAUCAUGACAAUUUGCACCAUUGACGUGCACUCCAGAGACGUGGUCAGUAAACUAAUACAAAUGAAAGUAGAUAGUGGUAAUGCAUUCGCCUGGGUAUCACAAUUACGACACCGCUGGGGCGAAGAAGCAAAACACUGCUUUGCAAACAUUUGCGACGCGCAAUUUCAGUACAGCUAUGAAUACCUGGGGAAUACGCCCAGAUUAGUCAUUACACCAUUGACAGAUAGAUGCUACAUCACUCUAACCCAAUCGUUGCAUUUAAUUAUGGGUGGCGGUCCGGCUGGACCCGCAGGUACUGGUAAAACAGAAACCACGAAAGAUUUGGGUCGCGCGCUAGGGAUUAUGGUUUAUGUCUUCAAUUGCUCGGAACAAAUGGACUAUAAAUCCUGCGGGAAUAUCUACAAAGGUCUAGCUCAAACCGGAGCUUGGGGAUGUUUCGACGAGUUCAAUCGAAUUUCCGUUGAAGUUCUUUCCGUAGUUGCGGUUCAAGUGAAAUCUGUUCUGGAUGCGAUAAGGCAUAAAAAGGAAAAGUUUGAUUUUAUGGGAGACAUGAUCCAAUUGGUACCAACAGUUGGGAUAUUUAUUACCAUGAAUCCUGGUUAUGCAGGGAGGACAGAACUUCCGGAAAAUUUGAAAGCCCUUUUUAGACCUUGUGCGAUGGUAGUACCAGAUUUUGAACUAAUCUGUGAAAUCAUGUUGGUGGCUGAAGGGUUCCAAGAAGCUAGGAUCCUCGCCCGGAAAUUUAUAACCCUAUACACUCUAUGUAAAGAAUUACUCUCAAAACAAGAUCAUUAUGAUUGGGGCCUUCGUGCGAUCAAAUCAGUUCUUGUGGUAGCAGGAUCCCUAAAACGUGGUGACCCUGGUAGACCUGAAGAAGAAGUUCUCAUGCGGGCGCUAAGAGAUUUCAACAUACCAAAAAUAGUCACUGAUGACACCCCUGUUUUCCUAGGUCUUAUAGGAGAUCUUUUUCCAGCUUUAGAAGUUCCAAGAAAACGUGAUGCUGACUUUGAACGUACUGUAAAACAAGCAGCAAUGGACCUCCUCCUGCAACCAGAAGACAACUUCAUCUUAAAAGUUGUCCAAUUAGAAGAGUUAUUAGAAGUGAGACAUUCUGUCUUCAUCGUAGGUAAUGCCGGAACAGGUAAAACCCAAGUUUGGAAAACUCUGUUCAAAACUUAUCAAAACAUCAAGAAGAAACCUGUAUAUGAUGACAUCAAUCCUAAGGCAGUAACCAAUGAUGAACUCUUCGGGAUUAUUAAUCCUGCGACGCGGGAAUGGAAAGAUGGAUUAUUAUCAGUUCUUAUGCGGGAACAAGCUAAUCUAGUUGGAGAUCAUCCAAAAUGGAUCCUGUUAGAUGGAGAUAUUGAUCCUAUGUGGAUAGAAUCAUUAAACACAGUCAUGGAUGACAACAAAGUUUUAACUCUUGCUAGCAAUGAGAGAAUUGCUUUGACACCAACAAUGAGGUUGCUAUUUGAAAUUUCUAAUUUAAGGACAGCUACACCCGCGACAGUAUCCCGGGCGGGUAUAUUAUACAUUAAUCCCCAGGACCUGGGAUGGAACCCAUUUGUGACAUCUUGGAUUGAGACCAGGACCAGUCUAUCGGAGAAAUCAAAUUUGAUAGUUCUCUUUGACAAAUACAUCCCUGUAUGUCUAGAAAAUGUAAGAACAAGAUUUAAGAAGAUUACCCCAAUUGUAGAAACGUCCCAUAUUGAAAUGCUGUGUCAUUUAUUGGAGUGUCUUCUGACUCCGGUAAACACACCUCCUGAUUGUCCCAAGGAAUGGCAGGAACUCUAUUUUGUUUUCUGUUGUGUUUGGGCUUUCGGAUCUGCUAUGUUCCAAGAACAAGCAGUUGACUACAGAGUGGAGUUCACAAAAUGGUGGAUCAAUGAAUUUAAAACUGUCAAAUUUCCAACGAAUGGAACAGUAUUUGAUUAUUACAUAGACACAGAAACAAAACAAUUUGUUUUAUGGACUGAGAGUCUGGGAAGAUUUGAACUUGACCCUGAUGUACCACUUCAAGCAGUUUUGGUGCACACUGCUGAAUCAAUUCGAGUACGCUACUUUUUAGACAUCCUCAUGGAAAAACGUCAUCCUGUAAUGCUCGUUGGAAACGCAGGAUGUGGUAAAACAGUAUUAGUCUCAGAAAAACUCUCGUCUUUAUCAGAAAACUACGCAGUUGCAAACGUCCCAUUCAAUUUCUACACUUCAUCAGAAAUGCUCCAAAAAAUCUUAGAAAAACCUCUCGAAAAGAAAGCCGGACGGAAUUACGGACCCCCCGGAGGUAAAACCCUUAUUUAUUUCAUCGAUGACAUGAACAUGCCGGAAGUGGACACCUACGGCACAGUGCAACCUCAUACACUUAUCCGACAACAUCUGGACUAUGGUCAUUGGUAUGACAGAAACAAACUAUCACUGAAAGACAUCCACAAUUGUCAAUAUGUAUCCUGUAUGAAUCCGACCGCGGGCAGUUUUACAAUCAACCCUCGUCUCCAAAGACACUUCUACGUGUUCGCUAUAAGUUUUCCGGGAACCGAUGCGCUCAGCACGAUAUAUCACGCGAUUCUGAGUCAGCAUCUCAAUAGUGUAGAAUUGAAGUUUCCAUCAACAGUGCAAUGUCUUGCUGAUAACGUUGUCAAAGCAUCAGUUGCACUACAUCACAAAGUCUCUCAAAUAUUUUUACCCACCGCGAUUAAAUUUCAUUAUAUUUUUAACCUCAGAGAUAUUUCAAAUGUUUUCCAAGGAUUGUUAUUUAGUACGAAUGAUUGCCUGACUCAACCAACGGAUGUCGUACGACUUUGGUUACAUGAAAGUCAAAGAGUUUACGGUGAUAAACUCGUUGAAGAAAAAGACAUCGACGCGUUUACUAAACUUCAAUUGGAUAUUUUUAAGAAAAACUUUGAGGAAAUGGAUGAAGCUACUGUUUUUGAGAAACCUAAUAUUUAUUGUCAUUUUGCUGGUGGAAUUGGUGAACCUAAAUACAUGCCUAUAACAAAAUGGCCAAAAUUAAGUAAUCUUUUAACGGAUGCUAUGGCUAGUUACAACGAUCUAGUUGCAGCAAUGAAUCUGGUCCUUUUCGAGGACGCAAUGAUGCAUGUCUGCAGGAUUAAUCGAAUCCUCGAAUCUCCCCGAGGUAGUGCUCUUCUCGUCGGCGUUGGAGGCAGCGGUAAACAAUCGUUAUCUCGCCUAGCGGCUUUCAUUUCGUCUUUGGAAGUAUCCCAGAUACAACUUAAGAAAGGUUAUGGUGUGACUGAUCUCCGCACGGAAUUAUCAGCGUUAUAUUCAAAGACUGGAUUGAAGAAUGUUGGGAUAAUGUUUUUGAUGACAGACGCGCAAGUACCAAAUGAGCAGUUCUUGGUGCUUAUUAAUGACAUGCUGGCGUCUGGUGAAGUACCCGACAUGUUCCCGGAUGAUGAAAUCGAGAAUAUUAUCGCUGGUGUACGUAAUGAGGUCAAAGGCGCAGGAUUGGUAGAUUCGCGUGAGAAUUGCUGGAAGUUUUUCAUCGAUCGUGUGCGGCGACAGUUAAAGAUCGUCCUCUGUUUUUCACCUGUCGGUUCAACGCUGCGGGUGCGAUCGAGGAAAUUCCCGGCGAUUAUUAAUUGCACACAGAUUAAUUGGUUCCAUGAGUGGCCGCAGGAGGCAUUGGUAUCUGUCUCGCUUAGAUUUGUCACUGAAUUAGAAGUUCUGCCAGAAUCUUUAUAUGAUCCAGUUGCACGUUUCAUGGCCUUUGCUCACAGCUCAGUAAACACUAUGUCAAAGCAAUAUCUUCAAAAUGAACGACGAUAUAACUACACAACACCAAAAUCUUAUUUAGAGCAAAUAAAUUUAUACGCAAAACUUUUACGUCAAAAAUCCGAAGAGUUGCAAGGAAAUGUUCUGAGAUUAGAGAAUGGUUUAGACAAAUUGCGUAGUACUGCUACACAGGUAGACGCCCUUAAGGCUAAACUAGCCGUGCAGGAAGUAGAAUUAAAAGAAAAGAAUGACGCUGCUGAUGAGCUCAUAAAAAUCGUAGGGGUGGAAACAGAGAAAGUCCAAACAGAAAAAAUGCUGGCUGAUGAAGAAGAACAAAAAGUGGCGAUAAUCGCUGAGGAAGUGAUGCAAAAACAGAAAGACUGUGAAGAGGACUUAAUCAAAGCUGAACCGGCUCUAUUAGCAGCCCAGGAAGCUUUAAACACUUUAAAUAAAGCAAAUCUAACCGAAUUGAAAAGUUUUGGAUCACCACCCGGAGCUGUAACAAAUGUUACAGCAGGUGUGAUGGUCCUACUUGCACCAAAUGGUAAAAUCCCGAAGGAUAGAAGCUGGAAAGCUGCCAAAAUAACAAUGGCAAAAGUAGAUGCAUUUUUAGACAGUUUAAUCAACUACGAUAAGGAAAAUAUUCAUCCUGAAGUAAUCAAAGCAAUUGAGCCCUAUUUAAAGAACCCUGAAUUUGAGCCGGAAUUCGUCCGGUCCAAGUCAGGAGCAGCUGCGGGUUUAUGCGCAUGGGUGAUAAACAUAAUUAAAUUUUACGAGGUCUAUUGCGACGUGGAACCCAAGCGGAAAGCUCUAGCUCAAGCCAAUGCUGAACUAGCUGCCGCUGAGGAAAAACUCGAUGGGAUAAAAAAGAAAGUUGCGUCACUGGAAGAGCAAUUAGCGACGCUCACAGCCGACUUCGAGAAGGCCACCAAGGAGAAACUGCUCUGCCAACAGGAGGCUGACGCGACCAAUGCAACCAUACAAUUGGCGAAUCGAUUGGUUGGCGGUUUGGCAAGCGAGAACGUCCGAUGGGCCGAAGCUGUCAAUAAUUUUAUGGAACAAGGAAAAAUGCUUCCGGGGGAUAUUCUACUAGUAACAGCUUUUAUUUCAUAUGUGGGAUGUUUUACAAAGCAAUACCGACAAGAUUUACUGCAUAAAAUGUGGUUGCCUUGUAUCAAAGGAAUGGAUCCGCCUAUUCCAAUUAGUGAGGGUCUGGAUCCGUUAACUUUGAUGACUGACGACACACAGAUUGCAAAAUGGAACAACGAAGGUCUCCCCAGCGACAGAAUGAGCACUGAGAACGCUACAAUCCUGUCCAACUCUGAUCGAUGGCCUUUGAUGAUUGAUCCACAGCUGCAAGGAGUGAAAUGGAUAAAAGAAAAAUAUGGCGAUUCGCUCCGCGUUAUCCGCUUGGGGCAAAAAGGUUAUCUAGACAUUAUCGAGAAAUCUAUAACCGCUGGAGACACAGUACUAGUAGAAAACAUUGGCGAAAAUGUCGACCCGGUGCUAGACACACUGCUUGGCAGGAACCUAAUUAAAAAAGGAAAGGCCAUCAAGAUCGGCGAUAAAGAGAUUGAAUACAACUCGGCGUUCCGGUUGAUACUGCACACGAAACUGGCGAAUCCGCACUACAAGCCCGAGAUGCAAGCGCAGGCGACGCUCAUCAACUUCACAGUGACGCGCGACGGCCUCGAGGACCAACUUCUCGCCGAGGUCGUUAAGGCCGAGCGUCCGGACCUCGAAGAGCUCAAAGCGGAGUUAACAAAGCAACAAAAUGAUUUUAAAAUAAUGCUAAAAUCGUUAGAGGACGAUCUAUUAUCACGGCUGUCGUCGGCCGGUGGUAAUCUACUGGGGGAUACAACGCUGGUUGAGAAUCUGGAGACGACUAAACGGACAGCGGCUGAAAUUGAAACGAAAGUCGCCGAGGCGAAGGUCACCUCGAUUCAGAUCGAUCAAGCGCGUGAACAUUAUCGUCCAGCGGCAGCUCGCGCCAGCCUGCUGUAUUUUAUCUUGAACGAGCUCAACACUAUCAAUCCGAUUUAUCAAUUCUCAUUAAAGGCGUUCAGCGUGGUCUUCCAGAAGGCCAUUGCCAAAGCCCAGCCGGCGGAAGUCGUCGCCGCGAGGGUGAACAAUCUGAUCGAUUGCAUUUCCUUCUCGGUGUUUCAAUACACGACGCGCGGAUUGUUCGAAUGUGACAAAUUAAUUUUCGCCUCUCAAAUGACUUUCCAAAUUCUACUAAUGGGCGAAGAAAUUUCCUCAAUGGACCUGGACUUUCUUCUUCGCUUCCCAAUCAAGCCGCAUGUUACAUCACCAGUGGACUUUUUGUCCAAUUCCAGCUGGGGCGGAAUUUGUAGCUUGGCUGCACGAGAUGAGUUUAGAAAUCUAGACCGAGAUAUUGAAAACUCGCCGAAAAGAUGGAAGAAACUAGUUGAGUGUGAAUGUCCCGAACGGGAAAAGUUUCCGCAAGAAUGGAAAAAUAAAACUGCUCUUCAAAGACUUUGCAUGAUGCGGGCCCUACGACCAGAUCGCAUGAUAUAUGCAAUGAUAGCUUUCAUUGAAGAGAAACUAGGCCCUAAAUACGUGGAAAACAAAACUGUAGAAUUCGCCAAGUCGUACGAAGAGACCAGCCCAUCAACUCCAAUCUUUUUCAUCUUAUCGCCUGGGGUAAACCCCUUGGGAGAUGUUGAAAACUUAGGUCAAAUAUUAGGUUUUACUGCGGAUAGUAAAAACUUUCAUAAUGUUUCACUUGGUCAAGGUCAGGAAGUGGUUGCCGAGAAUGCCAUGGAGAUUGCUGCUAAAAGUGGACAUUGGGUGGUGUUGCAAAAUAUUCAUUUAGUUAAAAAAUGGUUGCCGACUUUAGAAAAGAACUUGGAGCGAUAUGCGGAUGGAUCUCAUCAAGAUUACAGAGUUUUCAUGAGUGCGGAACCCGCAGCUACUGCAGCAGCACAUAUUAUUCCGCAGGGUAUCUUGGAGUCAUCUAUCAAAAUAACUAAUGAACCUCCAACUGGAAUGCAAGCUAAUUUACACAAAGCUUUGACUAAUUUUAAUCAAGAGACACUGGAACAAUGUGGGAAGGAAGCAGAAUUCAAGGUUAUAUUAUUCGCGCUUUGCUAUUUUCAUGCGGUAGUUGCAGAAAGGAGAAAAUUCGGACCUCAAGGAUGGAAUAAGAUCUAUCCAUUCAAUGUGGGUGAUCUGAAGAUUAGUGUUUUUGUUCUUUAUAAUUAUCUAGAGAACAACUCAAAGGUCCCUUGGGAAGACCUGAGGUCUUUUGGUGAAAUUAUGUGGGGACAUAUUACUGAUGAUUGGGACAGACGCUUGUGUAUUUCUUACUUAGAAGAACUAUUACAACCUGAUUUGGUCGAUGGGGAGUUACACCUUGCUCCUGGGUUUGCCGCACCACCAAAUACAGAUUACGUUGGGUACCAUGCCUAUAUUGAUGAACAAAUGCCAUCUGAAAGCCCGAAUCUAUAUGGGUUGCACCCAAAUGCAGAAAUUGGAUUCCUAACCACAACAGCUGAGAAUUUGUUCAGAACUGUUUUCGAAAUGCAACCUAGAGAUGCAGGAUCUUCCGGAGGAGCAACAGUUACACGAGAAGAUAAGGUCAAAGCAAUGAUUGAUGAAAUGUUGGAGAAAUUACCAGAAGAUUUCAACAUGGCGGAAAUUAUGGGUAAGGUGGAGGAACGUACCCCGUAUGUGAUUGUGGCCUUCCAAGAGUGUGAACGUAUGAAUUAUCUUACUGGAGAGAUCAAAAGGUCACUCAAAGAGUUGGAUUUGGGUCUUAAAGGAGAAUUGACCAUCACAUCAGAUAUGGAAGACUUGGAAAAUGCUCUAUUUCUGGAUCAGGUACCACCAGUUUGGUCUGCUAGGGCUUACCCGUCAUUACAUGGUCUUACAACGUGGUUUAUUGAUCUAUUGUUAAGGAUCCGCGAGUUGGAAACGUGGUCGACCGAUUUUGUGCUUCCUGCAUCCGUCUGGCUGGGCGGAUUCUUUAAUCCGCAAUCGUUACUAACGGCGAUUAUGCAAAGCACCGCGCGUAAGAACGAGCUCCCGUUGGACAAGAUGUGCCUGCAGUGCGACGUCACCAAAAAGCAGAAGGAAGAUUUCACGAGUGCGCCCAGGGAUGGGGCCUACGUACACGGGUUCUUCAUGGAGGGAGCUCGAUGGGACGCACAGGCGGGGAUUAUAAUGGAUUCGCGCCUCAAGGAGCUGUUUCCGGCACUGCCGGUUAUCAAUAUUCGCGCAAUCACGCAGGACAAGCAGGAAUUGCGUAACAUGUACGAAUGUCCCGUUUACAAGACCCGAACAAGAGGACCCACUUACGUGUGGACAUUUAAUUUGAAAACGAAGGAUAAGCCUUCAAAGUGGACGCUCGCUGGCGUUGCACUUUUAUUGCAAACUUAAAUAUACCUAUUAUAUUUUAUGUUCAAGCCUAGCAAAGUAUAAUAUUUACCUGCAAAAUCCACGAAAAAACUAUGUAAACACACGAAACACUGAUAGUAACCUGAUUGUUUUAUCUCUGACAAAACAUGGUUUGACCGUUACAAGGUGGAACAGAAAAGUAACGGUAAAAGGUACAUGCCACGACAUCUAUACGCACGUUUAUAAAACAUGCACUUAACUAAAUUCAAAUUUUAACAAUUUAAACACUUAAAACAUUAAUAAUCCUGUUAUAAACUUAUAUCAAGAACAAAUUAUAGUAACAAAUAAAUGUUUAUUGCUUAAAACACUCAAAAA